CACAUUUCUCCAUCAUAUAACUAUCUCAGUAGAAUUUGUAUCUGCCUUUCUGUCGCAUUCCAAAAGAUGGGUGUUUUGGAAAAGAUAAAAGCAAUUGAGGAGGAGAUGGCGAGGACCCAAAAGAAUAAGGCCACGGAAUAUCAUCUGGGUCUUCUAAAAGCAAAGCUUGCCCGAUAUCGUGCUGAAUUACUAGAGCCGACUUCCAAGUCGGGUGGCGCUGGUACUGGCUUCGAAGUGCAGAAAUCUGGUGAUGCUCGAGUGGCCUUGAUUGGAUUUCCGUCCGUCGGAAAGUCCACUUUCCUGAGUAAGAUGACGCACACCGAGUCGGAAGCAGCGGCGUACGAGUUCACUACUUUAACUGCAAUUCCGGGCGUUAUAGAGUACUCAGGUGCACGCAUACAACUCCUGGAUUUGCCAGGUAUUGUUGAGGGAGCAAGUCAAGGUCGUGGUCGAGGUCGCCAAGUGGUAGCAGUCGCAAAGACGGCCGACUUGAUUAUUAUGAUGUUGGAUGCUACUAAAUCUGUAGAGCAGCGGAGAUUGCUCGAGAUCGAGCUAGAUGCUGUUGGAAUUCGACUUAACAAACGCAGACCUGACAUUGUUGUAAAGCGGAAGACCACUGGAGGAGUAAGCAUUAAUACAACAGUCAAGAUGACGAGAACCGAUGAGAAGACGAUAAGGACAAUUCUAGCAGGAUACAAGAUGCACAACAGCGAUGUUAUGAUUCGAGAAGAUGUAUCAACUGACGAGUUCAUCGACGUCCUCAUUGGCACUCGCAAAUAUAUACCCUGUUUGUACGUCUAUAACAAGGUCGACUCCAUAAGCCUGGAGCAGGUCGAUAAGUUAGCAAGAGAGGAUCACACAGCUGUUAUCAGUUGUGAAAUGGAUCUAAAUCUGGAUUACCUCCUAGAAAAAAUGUGGGAAUACCUCGACCUUGUAAAGGUUUAUACGAAGAAGCGUGGACAACAUCCUGACCUGACGGAUCCAAUCUGCCUUCGGAAAGGAGCGACGAUCGAAGAUGUAUGCCAGGGAAUACACCGUUCUCUGGCUUCAAACUUCCGGUAUGCACUAGUCUGGGGGAAAUCCAGCAAAUUUGCACCACACGCCCAGAAGGUCGGACUCAAUCAUGCCGUUGCGGACGAUGAUGUUGUAUCAAUCUUCACGAAGUAAAAGAAUAGAUUUCCCGUCCAUGAUUAGGACGACUUGUUUUGGAGAAUUAGUUGCUUUGAAGGAAGGAAAUGAAUAUGUCUUAAUGUAUCAAGGUUAAG